AUGUCCGACCGCCUCCUCUGGCAUGGGGCUCAGUCGUACAACUGCCAUCCGGUAGCACCUCGACAACUCCCCCUUUGUAUCCACACUCCUCAUCGUACAGGCCUAGUCGUCAGUGCAGAUAUGCUUGGUCAAACACCCAACACAGAUAACCACGUAGCGUAUCUGGGCAGCAGGCUGUCCGAAUCAACUACCGAAGAGACAUCAGUCCCUGAAGGCCCGCCUCUAGAGUCACUUGGGCCCGAAGAAGAACCAGUAGACGCACACGAUACAGAAGGACACGAUACAGAAGGACACGAUACAGAAGGACACGAUACAGAAGCACACGAUACAGAAGCACACGAUACAGAAGCACACGAUACAGAAGGACACGAUACAGAAGCACAAGAUACAUAA